AUGGCGGACCUCUUAUUCUCAUCACCGCCUAAACUCCUCGGUGGUUCACCCUCUCUCAACUCGUCAAAGCGGACAUCUGAUGCCUUUUUCCGAGACGUACAAUUGUGCCCCGACGGGUCUUGCCUCCUCGCAACGGCUGAAGACCGCUCCCUCUCGCUCUUUCCGCUGACGGACGAACAGGUCGCACCCGAACCCUCAACCUCCUCCUCUACUCUCUCGCCUGUCUGGACUCACUCCCCUCCCGACUCGCUCAUCUCCUCUGCGUGGUACCCAGGCGCCUCCUCCCCCAACCCAGCCAUGUUCACCUUCGCUGUCGGCGUCAAGGACCACCCUGUCCACCUCCUCGACGGGAACGACCGGAGGGUGCGAGCGAGCUAUCCGACCAUCGACCAUACGGAGCGGUUCGUGGCGCCUCACAGUAUGGCGUUCUCGCCAGAUGGCUCAAGACUUUGCUGCGGUUUUGAGAACGCCAUCGAGAUUUUCGACGUCUCGCAACCCGGCGCAGAAGGCUACAGGCUACAUACAACGCCAACGAGAAGCUCGCGGCAAGGACAGAAGGGCAUCAUCUCGUCGCUCGCCUUCUCACCGCCGGACUCGUCGUCCAGCUCGCUCCUUGCGGCAGGCUCCUUCUCCGGCUCGGUCGGCCUCUACGACAUAUCCUCUCCCACGCCACUCGCACACCUACUACAGCCCUCGCAGCAUGGCGGCAUCACCAAGCUCCUCUUCCACCCUCUCUCGCCUCAUCUCCUCUUCGCCGCUUCGCGUCAAUCGACACACCUAGACAUCUGGGACCUGCGGAAUACGUCGCGGACGAGUAGCAACGGAAAGCUGAGCAGGAUGGCACGGACGAACCAGCGAUUAGGCUUUGACAUUGAUCCUAGCGGGACAUGGCUGGCUGCGGGAGACCAGGACGGCAACCUCUCCGUCUUUAGCGCCCAGCCUUUACCAGACCAGCUCGAACCCAUCACGACCUUCUCGCUUUCCGCAGAACCGAUCUCGACCACUUUAUUUCACCCUUUCGCUCCGCUGCUCAUCACUACCAGCGGAGCACGCAAGUUCGGCGGUGCUGGACGAGCAGGACGGGACGCGGCGUCGGAAAGCGAGAGCGACUCGAGCGACGAGGAAGGCGAGGCAGCUGCGGAUGAGCCGGGGGAUGGGCUGGACGUUUCCGAGCGGAACUCGUUGGAGCUCUGGAAAAUCGGCUGA